AUGGUAACUCUGGCGAUGUCUCCCUCCGGUCGUCCACCGGACGAUUCGACUUCAACUCCGAUGGUGAUGACAAUAAGUGAGCCACCGGCAAAUCCUGUAGCAGCGAACUCCGCUCCUAUGGCGGUGGAUAACAGUUCCUCGAAGGGGGAGCAGACUACUCCUAAUGGUAACAGCUUGCAACAACCACCAAUCUCGUAUGCUAAAGCGGUGGCUGGAGCCGACCAACAAGGACCCCCUAACAGCACAGGUUUGGACUCCGGUGGGCGAACAUGA